AUGGCAGCCUUGGUUAAAGCAAUUAAUGCGAAAAUUCGUAGUAACCCGGCGGUUAGCUAUGUUUGUUCUACUCACUUCUGGGGUCCAGUCUCUAACUUCGGAAUUCCGGUUGCUGCCGUAAUGGAUACUCAAAAGAGUCCUGAUUUAAUCUCAGGCAAAAUGACCCUAGCACUCUGCAUCUACUCCGCAACUUUCAUGCGUUACUCCCUCGCCGUAACACCACUUAACCCACUUCUCUUCCUCUGUCAUUUCGUAAAUGAAGGUGCGCAACUUACGCAAGGGUAUAGAUGGAUGCAAUAUCAUAAGUGGGGAGGUAAAGAGGCGGAAGCUAAACAGAAGAUUGGAUUGGGUGUUGAGGGGGUAAAGGAGAGUGUUGUGGAGGCGGUUAAGAAGGUUGAGGGGAAGGUUGAGAAGGCUGUUGGGAAAUAA